AUGGCCAAGGGCCCCCAGCCCCGACGUGGCCCCGCCAUGCCUGGAAGCGCCCUGCGCGCCCUGCUGCGCUGUAACCUGCCCCCGGGCGCGCAGCGAGUGGUGGUCUCCGCGGUGCUGGUGCUCCUGGUCCUCGUCAACGUCGUGCUGAUCUUCCUGCUGGCCUUCCGCUGAGCGAACCGGAGGCCGCGCCGCGUCAGGCUCAUCAGUGAUGGCAGUGUGGUGUGCGCCGAGGCACUCUGGGACCAUGUCACCAUGGAUGACCAGG